AUGGAUUCUCUUCAGCUCGAUUCUACCAUAGUCCUCCUCUCUCUCGUCCUCGUGGUAUCCUGCCUCGUCAUCGUUAGAAGCUUCUCGUCAGGCCGCAAGGGCCGACUCCCGCCGUCGCCUCGGGGCCUGCCCAUCAUCGGCAACCUACACCAGCUCGGCCAGGGCUACCUCCACCGCAGGCUGCAGGCUCUCGCGCAGCGCCACGGCCCGGUGUUCCUCCUCCGCCUCGGCUCCAUGCCGACAAUCGUGGUAUCAUCGGCGUCUGUGGCAGAGACCGUGCUCAGGACCCAGGACAAGGUCUUCUGCAGCCGGACACCGAAAUACACGGUCCGCGGCACGCUCUAUGGCUGUCGGGACAUCGCCUUCAGCCCCUACGGCGAGCAGUGGCGCCAGUCACGGCGCAUCGCCGUCGUGCACAUGUUCAGCGUGAAGCGAGUCGACUCCUUUCGGGCACUACGGGUGCAGGAGGUCGCAUGCUUCGUGCAACAGAUCCGUGAAGCUGGGAAAGACAGAGGAGUCGUCAAUCUGACCGAGCUCAUCGCCGGCCUAACCAACACCGUAAUCUUGAAAACAGCUUUCGGGAACAAACUCCGUGGUGUGGAUCCGGAAAUUUUCAGCGACGUGAUGAAGGAGCUCUCACAAGUGAUCCAUAUAACGGCGGCGAGUGACCUGUUCCCGCGCCUAUGGUGGUUGGACUGGGCGACGGGGCUCGACGCAAAGGUGAAGAAGAUGGCGGCUAAGCUCGACGGCAUUCUCGAAGGUGUGCUUAGAGAGCAUGAGAGGAGCCGAGGAGAUGGCGAGGGUGAGAUUCAUGACCUCGUGGACGACUUGCUCUCGAUCGUCAAAGAUGGCGAUCUGGACCGGAUUGAGGCCAAGGCACUCAUUUUGGACAUGUUCAUAGCAGGUCCCGGUACGAUAUACAAGGCAAUAGAAUGGACGAUGGCCCAGCUUAUGAAGAAUCCAAGAGAAAUGGCAAAGGUGCAAUCAGAGGUGAGACAGGUUGCUGCCGGUACACAUGGAGGAGUCCUUGAGGAGGAGCUGGAGAAGAUGAGCUUCCUACACGCGGCCAUUACAGAAUCACUGCGACUACUGCCGGUCCUCAUUAAACACGAAACAAUCCAGAACACUCGGCUACAUGGCUAUGAUAUUCCGGCAAAGACCUGGGUCAUAAUCAAUGCGUGGGCAAUUGGGAGGGAUAGUGAGUCGUGGGAGAACGCCGAGGAGUUCCGUCCAGAGAGGUUCCUAGGCAAGGCUUUUGACUACAGCGGAAAGGACACCAGGUUUCUACCGUUCAGCGCAGGGAGGAGAGGAUGCCCUGGCAUUACCUUUGCGAUGCGCCUUAUGGAGCUCACACUAGCUAACAUGAUGUACCAUUUCGAUUGGGAGCUGCCGGACGGCCAGGAUCCUGAGUCGUUUGAGGUCAUUGAGUCUAGUGAGAUUUCACAUGGCCUUAAGUCCGCUUUGAUUCUAGGCGUAACACCUUGUAAGAAGGCAUGGACUGAUAUGGAGUAG